AUGUUCUGUACAGUUUCUUGUUCUUCUUACAAGUGGAUUUUCAUGGCAUCACAUUUUCUCGUAUCUAUCUAUCUAUCUAUCUCAGUCUGUCCCUUAUCUAUCUAUCUAUCUAUCUAUCUAUCUAUCUAUCUAUCUAUCUAUCUAUCUAUCUAUCUAUCUAUCUAUCUCAGUCUGUUCAUUAUCUAUCUAUCUAUCUAUCUAUCUAUCUAUCUAUCUAUCUAUCUAUCUAUCUAUCUAUCUACUUUUUACACUGAUAUGCUGCCCUUCAUUUGCAUUCCUUAUUUUCUAUGUGCUUGUUUUUCUUAUUUCUCAUUGUUACCAUUUCUUCAUUUUAAGUUUCUUCUGUUUCUUCUUCCUUUUCAUUUUCUCUUUUUCACUCUUGUUCCUCUUUUUAGACUUCGUUUUAUUUGUUCUAUAUUUUCGAUUUUCACCUUUUCCUUCGUUCUUUUUCUUUUAUUUGCUCUUUCCUUUCUCUCCACUCACUUAAUAUCCGUAUUUUCUUUUCCAUUUCCUUCCAGCGAAAAAUCCCUUUUUAGCGUUUUCAUUUUAGCUCCAUCUUUUAAAGAAUUUUAUUUCUCCCCAGACCUCAUAUAUAUGUUAUUACUUUCCUCGCUCUUUCCUCACUUACUUUAUUCGCCAUUUGCUUCUUUACUUAGCAUCUAUUUCAGUUUAGUUUUCUCUUCGUUCUUAUUCUCCGUCCCUCCUAUUUUCUACUCGACUUUCGUUUUUUAUUCGAUUCUUCUUACUGUUUUCCUGUGGCAAUAUUCAAACUUAAUUUCUUAA